GAUCAAGCGUAUUGCUAAGUUGCAUAGCUUCUUUUUUCUUCUUCUUCUUCUCCUUCACUUCCAAGUGAACCUUUUCCAAAACAGAAAAGAAUAUGGCAGAAUUCAUAGCACCCGAAUUCAACCCCACCUCCCCCUCCGGCGGCAACCCCUUAAAAAUCGACGUAAACGCCCAAUACACCGGUUUCGAAUACCACUACGUCUACCUGAUCUUCUGCGGUUUCAUCGUCUGGCUCAUAAUCCCCGGAAUCGGAUUACUCUAUGGCGGACUCGCACGGCGGAAAAGCAGUUUGUCGUUACUCUUCCAGAGUCUCAUGGUGGCGGCCGUCACGACUUUUCAAUGGAUGUUUUGGGGCUAUUCGUUGGCGUAUUCGCGCACGGCGAAUGCUUUUAUAGGGGAUUUGGAGAACUUCGGGUUGCGGCAUGUCAGGGCUGCGCCGAGUCCGGGGAGUGUUUAUAUUCCUGAGAUUGUGUUUUGUCUCUAUCAGUUGCUUUUCUGCGCUUGUACCGUGCAGAUUGUGAUUGGAGGGUCGUUUGAGCGUGGUCGCAUCAUUUCUUCCCUCAUUUUCAGCUUCUUUUGGGCCUCGAUCGUCUACUGUCCGAUCGCAUGCUGGACGUGGAAUAGCAAUGGCUGGCUCUACAACUUGCCCUCUCUCGACUUCGCCGGUGGAGGGCCGGUCCACAUCGCUUCCGGGUGGGCUGGUCUGGCAUAUGCCUUUAUACUCGGCAAGCGAAGACAGACGGGAGAAAAGACGCACAAGAAGCCGCAUAAUACUACGCUCGUCUUCCUCGGCACGAUUUUGAUCUGGUUUGGAUGGUUCGGUUUCAAUGGCGGAUCUGCGCUUAAUGCUAGCAUUCGUGCUAUGUAUGCUGCUUUCAACACUAAUGUCGCCGCUUCGACCGGAGUUUUGGGCUGGGUCGUCGUCGACUUUAUCAGAACCAAGGGGAAAUUCUCUGUGGUUGGUGCUUGUGAGGGGGCGAUCGCUGGUCUGGUCGGAAUCACACCUGCGGCUGGUUAUGUGAGCUUCUGGCUCGCUGCUGUCAUCGGCUUCGUCACAGCUGUUGUGUGCGCCAGUCUGCAGAAUCUGAACGAAUGGAUCAACAUCGACGAAGGGCUGGAGGUCUUCAAGCUGCACGGAAUUGGCGGGAUGAUGGGCUCCUUCUUGACGGGAAUAUUCGCAGACGAGACGAUUUCGGCGCUGGACGGGAGCUCGCGCUACCCGGGUGGCAUCAAUGGCAAUGGCGUGCAAGUUGGCAAGCAAUUUGCUGAGAUCACGGCCAUCAGCUCGUACAGCUUCGUGGUGACGUGCAUUCUGCUUCUCAUCCUCAAAUUCAUUCCUGGACUUGGGCUACGGGUGAGCGAGGAAGCGGAGAUUCGUGGUCUCGAUCUCGACCAAUUCUUCGAUGAACAGAUUGGUGACUGGUGCGAGUUCGAGACAUUCUUAGGCAACCAUCAAGUCACACAUGGGGUGACGAGAGGAGGUGAUCCGAUCAGCUCAACGGUUAGCAUGGAGAAGAAGGCCGCUGGAGAGGAGGCAGAAAAGCAGGCGUGAGGGUGCGCGAAGUUUGUUUAUGAUUUCUAGAGUACAUAUGAUCAGGUUGUAGGCCUGCAACAAGGCUUCUAUAGCUGAACCAUGCAAUCUCAUUCUACUCA